AUGCGAUUCUCAACCGUUCAUAGUGAUACGUCAAGUCGACAAGCAUCCCCUUUUGAGCGACGAAUACACGAAAAACGACUACUAGCAAAGAUCAAAGAUGUGAGAAAACGAAAACAAUAUCUAGAAGAAUUGCUGAAAUAUUCAAUAUUAAUAGUGAUGGAUAAAGAGAAAGAACUGGAGAGGAGACGUCAAGAAACGCUUAGGGCACAUAUCAAGUUGUUUUGGCUAACGAAAAUUGCAAAUGAACUUGUUGAUGACGAUUUAAACUACGAAAAUAGUUUAGCACAGGUAACUGAAGCACAGAAUUGGAUUGAUCAAAAUGAAAAUGAAGAAAUAGUCAGCGUAGAUAAUGCACUAGAUUCGAUAACAGUCCAAACCAAGAUCAAGCCCAGCGAUCAUCCUAUUGAAGCUACAAUGAAUACGAUGGACUUCGCCAGUGUGGCGGAGUAUUUCGAGAAUCUCGAUCGUUUCAUUGACAUCGCAACGUGGCCAAGUGCAACCAGUGCGGCAAAACUACUGUCUAUUAAUGAUGAUCAUAGUCUCCUACCGUUUUUGCAUAUCGAAGCGUAUGGUUCUCGAAAAAGUCGUUCUUUCAUCGAUGAUGAAGCAUUUGAUCAAAUCACAUGCCUUCAUCUCCAAGUGAUUUACCACAUUCAUGUGACUCAUAACUAUGAAGCUGCAUACACUACACAUACCCAGAUUAUGCAAACUUUUAACAAAGAGAUACUGCAAAAGAAAAAAGAGGUCAAUUGGUUUAUGCCGAUAUUCUAUCAGCUAUGCUCAGAUCUUCGCAAUAUCGCCAAAAUGGCUGACGAACUUACUGAGAAAGACGAUGAGGUCGAAAGCGUUUCAUCCUACUAUGAACAAUCAGCUAACUACAUCAUGGAAGCGUAUAGAACGUGUACUUCCGACGUAAGGGCCGACCCGAGUACAUCGAAAAAAAUCGCUAUUCUGAACAUGACAAAUCAACUAUUUCGGAUAUAUUUCAAGAUCAACAAGUUAAAUUUAUUAAAGCCUCUGAUCCGUGCUAUAGACAACUCUGGAGCGCUCUACCAAUCAUUUUCUAUGGCGGAUAAAGUCACAUACAACUAUUUUCUUGGGAGGAAAGCUAUGUUCGAUGCAGAUUUGCCUUUAGCUGAGAAAUCUCUCUCGUAUGCCUUCCGGAAUUGCCCAGCUGACUGCCUUUCUAACAAAAGACUGGUACUUAUCUAUCUGAUACCAGUUAAAAUGUUCCUUGGUCACAUGCCUACCGCAGAAUUGUUGCAUAAAUAUCAGUUAGAGGAGUUUCAUGACGUCGUUGAAGCUGUUAAGGAAGGCAAUCUGGCUAAAUUAGAUCAAGCGCUUGUGGACAAUGAGCACUUUUUCAUACAAUGUGGUAUCUUUUUAAUGUUGGAGAAAUUGCGAGCAAUCACAUUCAGGACGUUGUUCAAAAGAAUAUCGACUAUCGUUGGAGGGCAUUUAAUUCCCUUGAAAGCAUUUUAUACGAUCAUUCAGUAUCUUGGUGUUACUGAUGUUGACGAAGAUGAACUAGAAUGUAUUGUCGCAAAUCUUAUCGCAGAGAAGAAGAUUAAAGGCUACAUCUCGCAUCAACAUCAGAAAUUAGUUAUAAGCAAGAAGGAUCCAUUUCCUCCACUUUCUUCAGUUUGA